AAAGAACAACGGAUGGUCGUGAUACCGGAAAAAAGAAAAUUUUUCAAAAAGUGAAAUUCAAAAACGAAUGAAAACAAAUAAAAAAACAACAAUUUUAUUGCAAAAAUAAAUCACACUUUAUGUGUUUCAAAAUCAAACGGUUUAACUGAUAAAAUGCAUUAAAGCAAAAGAAACCGAAAAUAAAACUAAUAAAUUUGAAUUGAUUGUAAAUUAAUAAAAAAACUAAAAGAUUCAGUAAAAAAUUGUCUACCAAUACUUUUGUUCACUCACUCCUUUAGAACUUAAACACCUCAAGUGUUUCCAAGCGAUCAAGUGUGCGAGUUUGAUAUUUUGAUCUACUAAUGUAUCAAAAUCCUGCCAAUAAUAACAUUUUAGUUGGAGGAGGAGGAGCCGGUGGCGGUGUGACAUCUAAUAAUCCAAACGCUCAAAUUAUGGAUCCAAUUCAACAGCAGCAGCAACAACAACAGAAUAUUAAUUUUAAUGGAAUGCAACCACAACAGCAACAACCCUCAAAUAACAACAAAAAUGUACGCAAGAAGCCCUACGUAAAAAUAACGGAACAGCCGGCAGGCAAAGCUUUGAGGUUCCGUUACGAAUGUGAAGGGCGUUCAGCUGGUUCUAUACCAGGUGUUAAUUCUACACCAGAAAACAAAACAUAUCCCACCAUUGAAAUUGUAGGCUAUAAAGGGCGUGCCGUAGUUGUUGUAUCAUGUGUCACCAAAGAUCAACCCUAUAGACCUCAUCCACAUAAUCUAGUCGGCAAGGAGGGUUGUAAGAAGGGUGUGUGUACGCUUGAAAUCAACUCAGAAACAAUGAGAGCCGUGUUUAGUAAUUUGGGUAUACAGUGCGUCAAAAAGAAAGACAUAGAGGCAGCGCUUAAAGCUCGUGAAGAAAUUCGCGUAGAUCCAUUCAAAACCGGAUUUGCGCAUCGGUUUCAACCCUCUAGUAUUGACUUGAAUUCAGUUAGGUUGUGUUUCCAAGUGUUCAUGGAGAGCGAUCAGAAGGGUCGUUUUACACAACCACUGCCGCCAGUGGUCUCUGAACCAAUUUACGACAAGAAGGCCAUGUCUGAUUUGGUCAUUUGUCGACUAUGUAGUUGUUCCGCCACAGUGCUGGGCAACACACAGAUCAUUUUGUUAUGCGAAAAAGUAGCCAAAGAAGAUAUUUCCGUACGUUUUUAUGAAGAAAAUAAUGGCAAAACGAUAUGGGAGGCAUAUGGAGAAUUUCAACAUACCGAUGUACACAAACAGACUGCCAUAGCAUUUAAAACGCCGAGAUAUCGCAAAAUUGAAAUAACAGAACCCGCGAAGGUGUUUAUACAACUGAAGCGACCAUCGGAUGGUGUUACGAGUGAACCACUUCCAUUUGAAUAUGUACCCUUGGAUUCAGGUAGGAAACGAUUUUUGGAUCUUCGUCGGAACCUCAAGAGGAAACCCGACUUAGAUAUUUUCCAAGAAAUUCUUGCUAGCGAGAUAAAGGAACAAGAACCAAUUUCCAAUGAAAAAAUGGAGGUGAUUGACUUAAAUACUCCAAUCGCUGAGGAAUUGCCAGCAUCUCAAUCUCAACAAUCUCAAGGCGACACUGUACUGACACCGACAUCUACGAACACAACGAACGUCGACGACGAAGAAGCCAAACGACGCAGUCAACAAGAAAUUGAUACAAUUAUUGAUGAGAAAAUGCGUGAACUUGAGCAACAGCAGCAUCUACAAACACCUCAAGAUCAAUGCGAUUCCUUGCAAGAAGUGGUGGAACUAUUAAAUGCUAGUCAACAGCACCCACAAGAGGGAAAUCAACAUUCAGUAAUGGAUACUAAUGAAAAAAUUACAGAAUGGAUGAAUUCAAAUGAAAUGCAAGAGUUGGAAAAUCCAACUAUUAAUGAAUCAAUGGAAACCAACACCACUUCAUCUACUACUACUGGAACGACUCAGGUGGCCGCCAAUGAUUCAGAUGAUAAGACACUAAGUGACCUGCUGGAACAGGUUGCCGAAUUGGAUGAUAUAUAUUCUGACCAUGUCAUACGCCGCGAUACCUAUAAUAGUACAUUGAUCAAUGAGUUAAAUGGCAUGGAUUCGUGUGUCCCAGCAACUGAUGGCACCCUAGUAGAUGGGGGCCAAACCGCAAUGGAGGUAGAAGAGAGUUUCGAUGAUGCUGCAACUUAUAGUAGUUUACAAAUUGCUUUUAAAAAUCCUAUUUCCAUACCAAUGGAAGAUAUUAUGCCACCUACACCACCAGCUUCUAAUUUACAGGCUGAUUUUGAAAAUGAUCACUACGAUCCAAUAGAAGUUAGAUCUAGUCCAGCAUCAGCAACCUCUUCACCUCCAGCACCCGUAGUCAAUAUUCAAAAACCCGAUAUUUUAGCUCAAUCUCAACCACAAUUACAAACGCCACCCAGACCAGCACCCCCAAAAAUCAAUUCACCUCAUAUGCAUGUUACGGCCGCCGAAGAAGAGAAAUUACCACCUCUACCACCAAAACGCCUACGCAAACAAGAUAGCAAUGCUGAAAAUCGCUCAAUUGAAGCGAAUAUUGGCGGCACUUUAGAUCGUAAAUCACGCCAACAAACUCCUAUUAUAAUUAUGAAAACGCCAGAUCAGUCUCCACCUACUAAACGUCUGCCACAAAAACCUGGUGCUGGUAAUUCCAGCACCUUGCCGAAACAAAAGAAACCGGGCUUCUUUUCCAAAUUAUUUUCACGACGUAAAAGCAAAUCUGAUCUUAGCCAAGCUGGUGACCAAACAGCUGGUUCAAAGGCCGGAUCCAAAGCAGCUAGUCCAACUGUGAGCCGAGAACCCAGCAUUGGUCAUUUCAAUUUGAAUGAUUCUAAUCGUGCAUCUAUGCGAUCAAUCAAGUCCUUACAGCCCAUAUCCUUGCCAAACUCUCCCGAGAAAAAGGUCCAAAAAGUGGGCAAACCGGUGGGUCGUAGUGUUAGUAGUGUUUCGGGAAAGCGUCCAGCUCACUUAAAUGCCAAUGUCAUACACAUUCCCCUUAAGGGUGACAGCGUCAGUAGUUUGCCUCAUCAAGAGGAAUAUUCCCAUGCCAGUACUCUAACACUCAGCAACACAUUAGAUCGCAAGACAGUAUCGGCUCUUCAACUAGCUGACAUACCGAUUUGUGAUGGCAAUAUGGAAUUGGUGGCCAUAACAGAUCGACAAAGUUUGCGAAAUUUAUGUGAGGGCGAAUUUAAUGUCCAACUUGAUCCCAAUGUCGAUUUAACAGAGGCUGAACAUUUUGCCUUGUACACUAGCAUACCUCCUCAAGCAACAGUCAGUGAAUUUGAUGAGACCUCCGCAUACUAUGCUCCAGUUGAUGCUGGCGAAAUUUUAACGCCCGAAGAGGUGGCAGAACGUUUAGUAGCUGCGAAUCGCAUAAAUUAAUUAAUUAGAAUUUGAGUGGCUGAGAAAUCUCUCCACUAGUGUUUAUUGUAUUUGUUGUCAAUGGACAAUGUAUAUUAUUAUUUUUUGUAUACAGAGAAUGAGAUUUAACGGUCCAUAUUAUAUAAAUGGAUUUUAAUUUUGGUGGUAGUAGACGUGGUGUUAAUGAAUUAGGACUCCGGUCUUAACUCCCAUCGUGUUUAUGUCUCUUUCUCUAACUCCCUAAAUACAUGCAUACAUAAAUAGAAUAAUAUGUAUGCAUGAAUAUGCACGAGCGAGUGGGUGAAUAUUUGGGCGAUUGUUUGUAAACGGAGCUGAAAUAUUGUAAUCAAUCUCACUCUCUCAGCGGCAUGUUGUUUUAAUUGGAUACACUUUUUAUUGUGUGUAAAAUUGUUAUACUGUUUGCAAAUAUUUGAUAUGUUAAUAUCCGAUCAUUUUUAUUUGAAAUUAAACUUGAUCACAUAUUAACAUUUUAAAUAUAUACAAGCUCUUGUUUUUUACUUAAGGUGCUCAGUCGUCGUCAUGAAAAAGAGCCCAUCGAAACCAAAUUGCAAUCGAAUAUUAAAAAAAAACUAUACGUAUUUUAUAAUACUAUUUAAAUUUAAAAAAAAAAUUUUGUACGAAAAUUUUGAAUAAUUGUUUUUUUCUAUUGAAAACUAAAUUUUGUAUUAAAUUAAGAAAAUAAUUAAAUAAUUAAUUAUAUAGUUAUAGUAAUUAAUAGUGAAUCUAUAAAAUAGUUCAUUGUAAAAGAAUUUUUAAAAAUUAGUUUUUAAGUACAUUUACAAUUUCUAAAAACAAACAACAACAAGUGAAAAUGUUUACUUUGAGUAAAGUUUCACCAUGUAUUUAAUUUUGUUAUGUUUAUUAUUACUUUUUUUGUUUUAAUUAUAUAUAAAAAUAAAAAAAUUGUACUCUUU